CAGAGGUUUAACUGGGGACCUAAAGACUUCCUGCUGCUCCAGCGCCUUCUCUUCGCCUCCUACCUCCCACUCUUAAAUAGCAUUUUUGUCGUCGGGGGUGGGACUCUUUGACUCUCUCAUUGGAUUACCUUCAGUAGCAGGGUGACGGGAUCGCCGCCAGAAUGCAGCUGGUGCCAGUCGCCCUAAUUUACCUGGGCUCCUUCGCCUUCCUUGGGGCGGACACUGCAAGGCUGGAUUUGGCUUCAGAGUUCCGAAAGAAAUGGAACAAAUGGGCUCUGAGCCGGGGAAAGAGAGAACUGCGGGUGCCGAGCAAUCCCCUCGCCGGCCUAGCCGAAGUGAAGACUGGUCCUGUACAGACGUUUAUUCGGACCCAGGACGUGAAGGGUGCUUCCCGCAGUCCACAGCCCAGCAGUCCGGACGCAGCCCGCAUCCGCGUCAAGCGCUAUCGCCAGAGCAUGAACAGCUUCCCGCACUUCCAGAGUCUGCGCAUCGGCUGCCGUUUUGGGACGUGCACCCUGCAGAACCUGGCGCAUCAAAUCUACCAGUUCACGGACAAAGAUAAGGAUGAUUCGGCGCCCCCCAACAAAAUCAGCCCCCAGGGCUACGGGCGCCGGCGUCGGCGCUCAAUUGCCGAGGGCUCUCGGGCCAGGACACUCUCCUCCUUUCCCUCCUUCUCCUCCUCUUCCUCUUCCUCAGGACGGCUACAGCAGCAAUAGCCGCAGCCGCGCUUCUGGCCGCUUAGCGAGCCAGCCUGCGUUGUGAGCCGAUUGCACCCGGCGCCACUUCCAGGGGCCGCCUUCCUCUGGACGCAGGGGGCGGUAGCGGCGGCAAAACCACAGCACUGCACCCAAUGGGCGCCGGCCGGCCGGCCUCGGUGCGUGCGCGGAGGGGGCCUGUCCUGCGGGAUGGAGAACUGGGGCGCAGGAGGCGUUAAGUCCACUGGAGGAGUUCCCGCAGUCUUCCUCGUCCCUCUCCUUGGAGAGCGAUGUGCAUUCUCCAAGUGGGAGCCGACCGCGGUCGCUUUUUGUCCCGACGUCCUUUGCUUCACUGGGACCCUAACCCGCAUCCGAGCUGCGGGGACCCAGGCCGGGCCCAGAGGACCUUGAGGAAUCACUCAGAGAGCCCGGGACUGGGAGAAACAUUCCCGGGACUUGCGCCGUGGGAAGAACGGAACAUCUAGGGAACUCGGACUGACCGAAGGGGCCCAAACUGAGUCGGCCGCAUUCUUCUCCCCUCUCCCCUUCGGGAGGGAGUCUCGGAACUACUUGAUCUUUUCAUAAACAGAGGAAAAGUGCAAUGGUGGCUUUUUAAAAUGCGUUUUCAUAGAGAGGUAACUAUCUGAUAUUUAUCUUGCUGUCAGGUUUUUGUUUUUUUUUUGUAAAUUCAGAGUUAUUUUUGUACGUUAUAUAUUAUUGUAUAAGGGCAUUUUAAAGUAGUAUAUAUCUCCCUCCCCUCGUGUUAAUUUUAAUAUGAGAAUGUCACAGAUUGGUCUCAGACUGAUAUAACCCUCUCCUGUUGGGGGUGUGUGUGAAAUGAGUGAAUGUGUUGAGAAAGUGUGAAUGUAUGACAUUCCGUCCAGGUGGAAAAAGAAAAGUCCACGUCUCUGUAUAUUAUAUUUUCUUAAAAGGGAUGGUGAUGUGGCGAAUAGCGAAACUAAUAAACAACUACAAUACUGA